UACAAGUGGCGGUGAGGGUUUCGUGAGAGGAGCAGCAACGAGACAGAAGCGUGCUGAGAAGCGACCGAACCUGGUGCACGUACGAGACAGGUGGGAGUAGCCUACUAGCCUACCGGAGAAAAGCCGAUUGGGCUUAAUACAGUACUUUAGUUUAGGAAACAAAGUCAGCUGGUUUACAUCAUUUUAUGGACAGUCGUUUGUUGUUGUUUCUGAGUCUGUAAUUAGUCGAGAUAUCUUGAUGAAAAACGAAAGGCUUAGGCUACUUGUAGUGGACAAUUGUUUGACUUGUAACAACAAAGGGGACAAGAAAAAAACAUUUUGAAAGGAGAUACAUCUAAGGCAAACAUCCAAAACAGUGUUGUCUAGGCGGCGUCGCCGGGAUCAAAACAAGACUGGCAUUCGUGUGACAGAAAACGGAUCAUCGAUAUAUUAAGCUUGAUUCACAAAAAAUCUUCCAGAGCUGUAUAUCUUCUGCGCGGGUUUCAGGGAAUACGAAGUGUAAGAUCAAUUCUGUCUCAUGUUCUGGGUGUUUGUGUUGAUCCUGUGUAAUUCAUUGAGCCAUCUGAACAGCACAGAUAAAGUGUUUCUUUAAUGUUUCUAUUUUAAGAGAAAGUGCUUUGUGUGUCACCGGGGACAUGCAAUUGAUUUUUCGGCGUCCAUAAAGCUGAAAUACUAGUCUUUGGGCGUUGCAAUAUUUGUAUUCCGGAAGCAUCUCUUGUCACUUCUUCUGUUUGAUUGCACUCCCUGCUAUAACCAAAGACAAUCCACUUAACUCUUAGCUGGUGUGUCGGCGUCUCACCAAGAGCACACUGCUCCAUUUACUAGAGCAGAUAUACAGCAUAUAGCCACAGGCUGGAGAAUACUUCUCGAUGUUUACUGACUUGAGCCUCCAAGAGGAGUACAGCAAAAAAGUGCUGGUUCACCAUCAGCGUGCUAUAUGAAGAUCACCAGCCAGGUGUUGGGUUUCCCGCGCAGAAAUGCCAGUGCGUGCUGUGACCUCCAGGUUCAUGUACCGCGGACUCUGCACUAUCCCCGAUAUCUUGUCCUAUCGGCCCCCCAUCAAGCUGCCGGACGAUGAGGUAGAAGAGAUCCGUGAGGCCUUCAAGGUGUUUGACCGUGAUGGGAACGGCUUCAUCUCCAAGCAGGAGCUGGGCAUGGCCAUGCGCUCCCUGGGCUACAUGCCCAACGAGGUGGAGCUGGAGGUCAUCAUCCAGCGAUUAGACAUGGACGGCGAUGGUCAGGUUGACUUUGAGGAGUUUGUCACAUUGCUAGGGCCAAAGCUGUCAGCGACAACCAUGCCAGACAAGUUUCAUGGAGCGGACUUUGAUUCUGUCUUCUGGAAGUGCGACAUGCAGAAGCUGACAGUGGAUGAACUCAAGAGGCUCCUUUAUGACACCUUCUGCGAUCACCUGACCAUGAAAGACAUCGAGAACAUCAUUAUGACAGAAGAAAGCCACUUGGACAGCCCAGAGUGUCAAGUGGACAUUAACACGAGCCCCAAACAUCAGAUGAAACACACGUGCGUGCGGAAAAGCCUGAUAUGUGCCUUCGCCAUUGCGUUCAUCAUCAGCGUCAUGCUCAUCGCAGCCAAUCAGAUGCUCCGCAGGGGGAUGAAGUAAGGGCCAUCCUCAGAAAAGGAAGAAAAUCGAUCGGUGCGACCCGAUUGGAAAAUUGGAUGCUUCCUCUUAUCCCGUGAUACCCUGGUCCAAUGACUCAGACACCACCCAAGUAAAAGUCAAAAAUAUUUAUCAUCCCAGAACUGCCCUCAUGUCCACAGAUAAUGACUCACCAUUCAGAGAAGGCGAAGGCCCUCAAAUUGAUGUCCACUGAUAACAGUCAUGAAUAAUGCAUAAAUUGCAUGUAUUAAACAGAAAAUAAAUGUACGUAUAUUUAUGUGGGUUUUCAAAAACAUGUUGUGAAACAUGAUGUAAGAAGUCAGGGUAGUAGUGAAAACAUUAAGUAUUUUAGGAUGCAGAGGCAAUGAGAAAAAAGACAAAAAAAUGUUAGUUGUUGUUAAACUUUAGGACACUUAUUGUGUAUAUAUCUCAUUUAGUACAUCCUCUGUAUUUAUAAAUCUUGAUUCCAACCAUCUUUGUAACACCCUGAACAUUUGUGGGUAGAUGGAAAACAUAAAAAAUAUUCCUUGAGCUCUGGAGUCACUGAGACAUUAAUCUGAAUUGGCACAUUUCUUCUCACUAUUUCCAAAGGAUGUUAAGCCUUCGAUGCGUCUCUGGGAGUAACCCUGGCCAAUUCUACAGAGUGUGGACUACUGAGGGUGUAACUGGGCUCUUAGGACCAGACCUCUCCAAAACAAACCUGAUCUACAGGGACGAACGAAGAACAAUUUCUUUUUUUUUUUUUUUUUUUAAAAAAGAGCAUUCAGAAGAAUGCAGCUUAUGCAGUACAUGUCUUCCGAAAACACUCAGAAAAUCAGUGUUAGGCAUUCUAGCAUUCUGGCUUGCUAGAAAUCAACACCUGACAAGCAAAAAGUAUUGAAUGUGAAAUCCCAAUGUGUACAUAAACUGUGCACACACAUUAUAAUAGUAUCAUUUUAUAAUUAAUUCAUAUGCAUUGUAACUCUCCACAUAUGAAAAAUUGCCCCUCAUUUCAACAUCGACCAUCCACUGUGCUUAAUAAGAUUAUCAGAGAAGAUCAUCAUUUAUUCUUAGCUAGAAUGAAGAAGUUGUCCUCAAAUCAGAUCACAGUCUGGUCUUCCAUGUUAUGUUUUAUCAUUGUAUCAUUGUUUGACCUUGUUGAGUUUACCGUGCCAUCCUCUAAUUGUAUUACAUCUGCUCAGAGGGAAGACUUCCUGCUGCUGCCGCUGGUAGUGUAUUCAUGAGCUGUUGAAAGGCUUCUUCAAGUAUUUCAAAGUAGAAGGAUAUGACUCCCUAAACUAAGCAAAGCAAAACAGGAGGAUAUUACAUUUUAUAGUCUUUAAGAUGUAACAGGUAGGAUUAAGUCAAAUAAAUUACAAUGAUCCCAUCACCCAAAACAGUGCCCAUCUAAUCCCCUCUGAAAAUCUCAACUAAACCCUCUCAAUUUACAUUUAGUUUAAUGCAAAACACACACACACACACACACACACACACACACACACACAAUAUCAACUGAUCAAGAGGGGAGUUUAUUAGCUUGCAUCUAAAUUGUAUGCCCUAGUUUUGAGAGAUGAUCACACAUUUCUUGUUUGGAAAGUGCAAUAUUGCAUCUCUUGGUGGUAAAUACACACAGAAGUACCCAGCUGUUGCCAAAGUGUUUGUUUUAAAUAGUUCAUCUCAUAUUCCCCAUAAAGUGCUUAAUGAAAUAUCUAGACCUGAUGACAAUGUAUUCCCCACUGACAUGAAGAUGAAAGUUUAAUUUCUAUUAAAAAAAAAAAAAAUAUAGAAUUGUGUAAAUGAAUAGAAAGUGUUAGCUACCUCAGCUCAUUGAGAAGGUGUCAUGAAAGUGUCCUAUGGGGAAUCAACUGGUAAUGCACAUGAAUGCACAUGGUGUCUCAAGUAACAUGUUGUUAGUCAAGUCGCCCAAAUAUUUAUUGUGCUUACACUUUGGCACAUUGCAGGACAAAAAAAAGACUUAGCUAAAAUAUUUAGCUCCAAUUGUUGAAGGUGACCCUGGACUGCUAUAAUGACUUUCUAGAGGUCCAGAUAAGACAGCAAACUAAACUAAGGAUUUUUCCAGACUUGUGAGAAGAUGUAGUGUGGUGCUGAUCGCAGAUACUUCCCAAAGUCGACAAGAAUAUUUAAGAUUUAAAGACUAAGGUUUAAAUUGUUUGAGGAUAAAUAAUUAAAAGAAGUCCUUGUAUUUUUUUAAUAAUAUCUAGAGACCCUGCCAUCUGAAUGAAGUCUUUAACUGUCACAAUUGUAAUAUGUCUGUGCCUAAAUUCACUAGUGCUGUGCUGCUCUUAGUAGCUUGCAUGGGAAACUUAAUGUGAAUUUUAAAUGGUAAAUGUUAGUUAUGUAGUCUUUGGACCAAUCAUAGCCAGUAAGUCCAUCAUUGUGGUCAAUUUGAUAAUCGAAUCGACGAUAAUGAGGGAUUGUUUCAGUAGCCUAAUUAUCAACAUAUGUGUUUGGAUUUUCGUCUGUUUUGUUUUGUUUUGAUUUCAUUAAUUUUUGUUAUAACAUUGGAUUCAACAUACUGGGCAUGUGUAUAAAUAGUUACAACAUGUUUCUGUGCUUAUGUCAAACCUACAUUUCAAUGAACGCUGUCAUAUUGUUCCAAAAUAUUUGUACAAGUGAAUACAUGAGAAAAAGUUAUGCAAAUUAUAAUACCAUUUGAUAUAUAAUGUCAUCACACUGUCAUUCUAUUAAUGCAGCAUACCCUUAGGCCUAUAGGAAGCAGUUACCUAUAUCUCAAAGCAGUUAGUAGAAUUCCAUAAUGUGAACUAGUUCCUAGUGUCUAUAGUAACUUCUCAUGUGUGUAUCAACAGAUAGUGUGAUGUAUUGAAAUGUGAGUUUUAAUUCAUUUUAAUUAUGCAAUAUCUUAAUACAAUGCAGAUUUAAAAGGUUUACCAUUGUAUUAAAACACUAUUUCUGACCCAAGAUAGAGGGCAUUCCUAAAAAUAUAAUACAUUGCUCAAACAUACUUUGAGCAAACUUUGUUAUCGAGAUAUAAGGUGACUUGCACAUGCAUCUGAAAUCUGGGGCUACAAACGAACACUGAAAAGUCAUGAUAUAUAACUGAUAACAAUUGGCUUAUAGAGACAAUAGAGAUGAUUAUUAGUUGGCUUUUUCUAAAUGGUAGUGUCAGAAUGUUAUAAAUGUUGUGACUUAUAUUUUCAGUUGAUUUGAUUAUGAGUAUUUUCUAAUUUUAAUGACAUCCUUUUAUUUAUAAAUUGUUUUCUAUAAGUACAGUUUUAUGUCUUCUUUUGGAAUAAAGACUAUACAAAGACGUAACAGCAAUAACAGGGGAAUUAUGAUGAGAAAGACAUUAUGCAUUUUAAUGUUUACCAAUACAGAAAAUUCUCUGCCUUUUUCACAGCUUUUCACCAUAUAUUUAUUGGUACCUGAAGAAAUGUUAUGGUGAAUGACUAUAUGAAUAUAUUUAUGUGUAAAAGCAAAUAUAGAUCACUGUGUAACCCUUUCAAUGAUGUUUUUGGUGUUGAAAAACAAUUAUAAAGGUAGUUGAUGCAUUCAUCAUG